AUUAUGAAUCAAUAAACGACAACAGGAAAGUACCGAAGAAAAAGAUUAACAACGCAUGGAAAGGAGAUUACCAGAGAUAUAAUUAUAAAGUAACAAGCCAUGUGGAUUUGUCAAAGUUGUUCCUAAAGCCUCAUAUGGCUCAUUACUCGGCAAUUGAUGAGUCAUGUGACUCGUCUGCUCUGCUUAGCAUGGUCAUUAACAUCAGUUCGUUUCCACAAACUGUGCAGACUGAUGCUGACAAGAUACGAGUGGACAUACGCAAUUCCUGGGCGCAUUGUGACUUUAGAAAUUGGACUAGAGAAAAAUAUACAAAUUGUUUCCAUAUAAUGGGCCAAUUCGUCAAGGAUCUUAGUCUGAGUGACACCGAAAGGGCAAGAAUCUUGGGAGAACUCAAAACAUGGGUAACAAACGGUCAGAACUAUUUUCUGAGUGAAACAAGACUUGGUGCUAAGAUAGCGGAUGAAAUACGUCAACAGACUCAUGUUCUCGGAGAAUAUGUACAACAUGGUUUAACUGAAACAGACAUUCAAAUUUUCAAAGUGAAAGAAGAAUUACAAGAUUUAGAAAACGGUUUACAGGAAAAGAUAAGAAACUUAGAAAAUAAAACUAAGGAACACGAUGAACAAAUAGGUAUUAUGUGGGAAGAAAUCAGGAAGAAACGAGUCGAAGAUCGUUAUUCAAAACAUUUUGGAGGUUCGACAGUCAGGGCAGAAGAUAAUGAAAUACGAAUAGUACUUAUUGGACGAACAGGACACGGGAAAAGUGCAACAGGAAAUAGUCUUUUGGGUCGCAAUCGUUUUCUGUCAAAACCUAGUGGUUCUUCAGUAACGGAACAUUGUGAACUCGGAGAUUCUAAACGGGAAGGGAAAAACAUAGUUAUAGUUGAUACACCCGGUUUAUUUGAAUGA